AGCAGGGGAGUAUUGGCAGGUGCAUCAAGUAAUGAAGGUGGGUGGAUCAUGAUCACGCACUGCCUGCCUUAUUCCCUUCCAAAUUAAUUCCCUCCUCCUCCCCCCGCCCCUGCUCCGACUGCACAUGCAUCUUUCCAGAUUCUCCCCGCAUUGGAGGAGAGCAAAUCCGGGCUGCGCUGCACAAAAGUCACAGUAAAUCCUGCCAUCAAAGACUGCGCCGCAAUAACGCAGCGAUCCUGGGUGGACUGGAUUUUGCGUUUUCACUGGAUGGGUUGAACGAGUAACUGGCGAUUGUUGGGGGUGGUGGCGUUGGGGUAGAUUGUGUGCUUGGGCCACCGCUGCCGGCGAGGGCGUUCGAUUGUGAGGAUCGUGAUGUAACUAAUUUGAGGGGUGGGGGAGCGCGCCAAUUCCAGUUGAUGUUUACCCCAAGGUCGAGAGUGUUUGGUGAUUACAGGACAGAAAUGGUCCACCACUGAUGGGGGAUCAGCCAUUGUACCACUGCUGCUGCUGGUCAUGAUGAUGAUGUUGUUGCUGCUGCUGCUGUUGGUGUGUGUUGCCUAAUAUUGUUUCUUCCAGCCGAGAGCUGGCUGCUUGUUUGUUUGGUCUGCGAAGUCGCCUAAUUUCACGCGAACCCACUUUCGCUCCGCACUCUGCGAGCCUGCCCCAGCAUCGUCCCUCUUUGGUCCCUGACAUCGCCGCUCUUGCACUCCCCUCACGAAAUUCAUCCCUGCAAACAUCUUGCUCGCCUGUGCCCACUAUUGCUGGCUUGCGACGGCGGAGGAUGGUGUUGCAGGGUUUGCUGUGGACCUACGGAGGGGAUGCAUUGGUGGUCUGAUUCAAUUUUGCCUGUUUGUCUCGCUGUGCAAGGCUAGACUGGGGCAAAGAUUUUUAUUGUUUGGUGGUCUUGGAAUUAUUUGAGAGAGGCGAGUGUCGGCAUUGGAAUUCGGGCCAGCCCGGAAGAAGUGGCAGCGCAUCUUAUUCGUGACGAGAUCUUCGAGGGUUGAGCUUCCGGUUAGGAUUCAAAGAAAGGGCAGUCUUUGGUUCACUUCUUUCGAUGAUAGCAGCAAAGUGGGGGGGAUCUGCAGGCAGAACUGUGAGUUCGGCUUUUGGGGUACCGUUGCAGUGAAUUUUGUGGAGAACAGCACCAGUGGGAGAGGUUCAGGUCUUGGAGAGUGUAUGCCUUUUGUGCCAUGUGAACUAUGGUAAGAAUGUAGUUUAGUUCGAGGAAGGUACUACAGGCAUGUGCAGCUGAACAGAAGUAGCGACGUUGUGGACAGGUCGUGUCGAGGGUAAGUUGUCUGCACUCGCAGUCUCUUUGCCAUGGGUAAGAAAAUGGACGAUGAAAUGUCGAUCCCGGAAACCCCCCGGUCGACCAAGAGCCGGAAAGGGUUGUCAGCGCUACCCGUUACGCCCAACUCUGGCGCCGGUGCCAGAUCCGUCGACAGCCGCGAUGGGAACAACAACGCCGUCAGCCCGCGGGGCAAUACCAAGAGCCCCCACAGCGUCAAGUCCUUUAAAGUGGACUGUAAUAGCCCCGCUAGCAUUUCUGUCAAGGGAGGGAGUGGCAGCCCCAAGAACGGCGAGAGCGAUGACCCGGAGUAUGUUAACGCCGACAUCACAGCCGAUGAGCUACGACAGAUCGAGCAGGUGUUGCGCACCUCGGAGCCGCGCCUUCAAGAGCUGUACAAGAAGGUGUCUGAGUCAUCGUUCAAAGACCACGCCGCAGUGUUUGAAAACCUGCACUGGGACAUUCUCAAGGAAACUGGGUAUAUGAGCUGGUUUGGACUGGCUUUUACAUUGGCGGGCUAUCUUAGCCAUCACUGCCAGAUGGAGGCGAAAUCUCCCGCAGGAGAGAGAUGGUCCAGCCUGAGGUCCGAGACAGACUUCAUCAUCGAUCAGCUGGACGAACUCAAGCUGUGCCUCGAAGUGGACAAUGACAUGUACAAGAUUGCUGCUGGGACUCUUCUGUAUUGCUGUGCUGCUGUGCGUCUCUUGAAAAAGAAGAAUCGCGGCUGUUUGUGCUUCGUUUCAAGGUAUUCUGUGGUGCCGGUGAAGGAGCAGAUUGAGAACUCGAUUGCGGAGCUCAAGAGCUUACAAAAGAACAUCACUUUCGCCACUUUGGCCGCAGUAGGGAACCGCGUCUCGCAGCCAGUUACCGAGCAGAACACCAAACGCUCUGGACCCGAGCAAUGGACCGCCAGCGUAGGCUUGGAGCACCACGUUGCAACGGUAUGUGAAUUCGUUAAGAACAAAGGCGUCUGUGUUAUUGGUAUACACGGACAAGCCGGAUUGGGUAAAACUACACUACUCAACGAAAUUGUUGCGAAAAUCGAGAAAGCGGAGAAGCGCUUGUUCGCGUACAUAGAAGUCGGUGAGGACCUGAAGAAGCUGCAGAGCUCUCUACUCGAGCAGCUCGGGGGCGGUAAGAAGGAAAUUACCAGCGUUGCACAAGGCCGCAGCGCCCUUCUCGCUCAGCUUCGCAAACUGAAAGAGAAUAACAAGGUUGCUCGGAUCGCCAUUGAUAAUCUGUACGAUGUACGUCUGGUUGGAGAAUUCUUCCCUCACAGUAUAGGGAAAUUUCUCCCCUCCAACAGUUGUGUGAUAAUCACAUGCCCUUCGGUGGCGAUUCUUAGCAAGGUGGAUCAGCUUUGUCGUCCCGCGAUGCCGAACUACCACUACCUCCCCUAUAAGCUGCCGUGCUUGGCUCCACAGCAAGCGAAGGCUCUUUUCAUUUCUCACGCUGCCAGUGAGCCUGUGAACACUCUCUACUCCAUCAAUGGCAUCUUCUCAAAAUACGGUGACCUUGCAAACCACUUCUUGCCUCUCUGUGAAGGCCUGCCCAUGGCAUUGAAGGUCGUGGGGUCAUAUUUUUCCAACCCAGCGAACCGGAGUGAAGAGAACUGGUUGGCAAUUGGCAAGCGGAUGAAGCAGGUUGCAGAGGAGAUGGACACGUCCGAGGAUCAGAUGUUUGCCAAACUUCUGGUAAUUUACGAAAAGCUGGGCCCAGCUCAAAAGGAGGCAUUCCUUGACAUUGCCGCUUUCCUACGAGGGUGGGAUUGGCGGACAGUGGAGCGGGUUGUUGGGAAGCCGCAGCUGGAUACAUUGGUAGACCAAGCUAUGGUCAGUGCGAAGCUUAAAGAUGCUGAGAGCACUAGUGGCAUUUCGUUGUACACACGGUACUCUGACCGGCCGUGGAAGUCCGAGAUGGUGAUGAUGCACGAGCUGCUUUAUGCUAUUGCAUGUAGGCGGGCAGCUGGUAACCGCGUCUGCUCGGAGGAUCAGGCUCACUUGCCUGAGAGGCUUAAGAUGGAUGGUCCUGGAAUGGAAUUGAGCGCUCUGCAGGGGCUUUCCCUGAUCAGUUGUAAGGAGCCACUGCAAGGGACUAUGUUGGAGAAGAUGCAAGGCGCAAGGAUUCUAAUCCUUCAUGACACUGGUGUGAAAGGAUACUGCACGAAGCCCCUUAACCAGCUUCAAUUCUUCUAUUGGGGCCGGAGCAAAGUUGCCCCAGAUGUACGAAUUCCGUUUCAAAUGGAGAGGUUAAAAAAACUAGAGAUGUGCAUUCUUAGGGCUGCAGAAAUCGACCUUACUAUCAAGUUCCCCUCACAGCUGAAAGAUCUCACUCUCAUCGGUUGCAACAACAUGGAGGUUAUGCACGAGCACAUCCUGCAAUUGACUGGCCUUCUGGAGCUCCACCUCAUCGGCUGCAAUAAGCUCCACGAUCUCACAGCCGAGUUUGCCGAGAUGAGAAACCUUCGUAAGUUCAGGCUGGAAAAUUGCUUAAGCAUCCGGAAUUUGCACAGAUCCAUCGGUCAACUCGCUAGCAUCCGAGAAUUGGACUUCUCGGGGUGCACCAAUAUCGCCACUCUCCCUCCGGAAGUCGGCAACGUCCAGACCCUUCUGAAGCUCAACCUUGUUCUCUGCAAGUGCCUGGUGAGACUACCAAGCGAAAUUGGAAACCUCAAGAACCUGACUCACCUAUACCUUGGCCAAUCCGGCAUCACCUCUCUUCCAGCUGAAAUCGGCAAGCUUUGCUCUCUGGAAGAUCUAUCCCUCACAGGCUGCGUCCGGCUUGAGAAACUGCCUCCUCAAGUCGGCCAGCUCACCUCCCUUCGGAGACUGAACAUGGGUUCUUGCACGGGCAUCAAGGAGCUUCCCUCGGAGAUCGGCGGCAUGGUUUCCCUCCAGAAGCUCGUGUUAAAUUCGUGUACCGCUCUUGCUCGUCUUCCUGAUGAGCUCUUUGGCCUAGUUAAUCUCCAGUCGCUGGAACUCGACUACAUGAAGCUUCUGGCCCACUUGCCAGCCGAGAUCGGCAACCUCCGAAGCUUACAGCGCUUGUCGCUCAAUUGUUGUACUCGUCUCAAUCGGCUACCACCUGAAAUCGGUAGCCUUCCGGCGCUGCAAGUGCUCAACCUUGUGGGUUGCACGGGGCUCAAACCCGAGCUGCCUAUGGAGAUUCUGAAGAUGCAGAAGGAAAAUGCUGUGUAUGUACAUAGGGAGGAUGAUGCUGUCGUCCUUGAGGGGCCCAACAACCCCAGCUACAAGCUUUACAGCAUGACGUACUAACUUCCAGGACAACCUCAAUACGUUCACGACAGCUCUCAGCCACUGCUUAUAUCCAGGGUUUGUUUGAAUUCGCCUAAUCAACAGUGUUUGCUUAUCAACACUUGAAUGCUCCUUCCCAAGUCCCAGUCUGAUGUCCCAACGGUGAGUGGGUUUGGUUCGUUAUCCGAGUUCUAUGUGAAAUUUCUGACUACGAAGGUCUUGAGGCGAACACGCAAUCAGCUGGGAGUGCGAACAGGUGCUAUUUAUUCGGUGCUUUCCUCCCAGAUUAGGAAGUUUCAUACUGUAGAUGUGAGAGUUCGACAGCAUCGCAUUCCCUUCGAGUGGUUAUAAUCUCGGCAUCCUCUUCGUUGUUCCCACAUCUCUAAGGGGAAUGUAGGAGUGGUGACCGGAGCAGCAGCCGAGAAGCGGGGGUUCAUACGUGCUGUCUUGCGAGGUGAAGGCGAGUGUAGAUUGGGGUUAGAGUAGCUACAAUCGACUUGUGUGGGAUGAAUUAGUAGACAGAAGUUGGAAGAAACCAGUUCAAGUCUUAGUUACUGACUUGACCCAUUUGUAUGUUUUCACGGUGGCCGAUGGCACAACUAUUUUUUUAGCUGAGACAGCGAACAUUCCCUCAGGAAUGUGUAUUCAUGAUCCA